AUGCUGACCAUCACCGACUUCAUCAACAUUCUGCACCGCUACUACAAAUCGCCCAUGGUGCAGAUCUAUGAGCUGGAGGAGCACAAAAUAGAGACGUGGAGAGAGGUCUACCUGCAAGACUCCUUCAAGCCGCUGGUCUGCAUCUCCCCCAACGCCAGCCUCUUUGACGCUGUCUCCUCCCUGAUCCGGAACAAGAUCCACCGCUUGCCCGUCAUCGACCCCGAUUCGGGGAACACGCUCUACAUCCUCACCCACAAACGCAUCCUCAAGUUCCUCAAACUCUUUGUAAGUCCUGUCCCUGUCCCCCAGCGGUGGCAGGGGCCACCCUGA